UGUGAACCUGAAGCUCGAUUCAAACUUACCAGCCAACGUUCCUGACUAUAACCAGCCCUGAAACAUAGGAGAACACAGGCGGGCGCUGUCUAUUGCAGCUUCGGAUUUGCAACAAUGGAAGAAUCUGAUACUAUUUUGAAGCUUCGGCGCCAAUUGAAAGAAGCCGAAGAAGAGAGAAUGAAAGCUGCACAGUAUGGGCUGAAACUACUAGAGAGUCAGAUAGAUCUGGAGAAUCAGUUGGAAGAAAAGCAAAAUGAAAUGACAAACAUCAUUGAGAACCUUGAACAGGAAAAAUACUCCCUUCAACGAGAAGUUGAACUUAAAAACCGCAUGCUGGAAAGUGUGGCUUCUGAAUGUGAAAAUAUUAAACAGCAGCAAAAAGUUAGUCUUGACCAGCUGCAAGAACAACUGGAAAGAACCCAUAAUCGUGAAAUCAAUGAGCUUAAAGAUAAGAUGGAAAAGCUGAAAGCAGAAUUAGAUGAAGCAAGGCUGAGUGAAAAACAACUGAAGCACAAACUAGACCAUCAGAAUGAGAUACUAGUGAAUAAAUCAGAAGAGCUGCGGAUGAUGUCUGAACGUGCCCAUGAAAGCAUGUCAUCAGAAAUGUUGACCCUUCAGCUUGAAAAAAAUGAAAUUGAAAGUGCAAAGGACAUUAUAGAAAAAGAGCUCAAUGAAUUACAGUAUCGGCAGCAACAACUUAUACUAACGAACACCAACCGACACCGGCAACUUGAGCGUCUGCAGGAGGAUAAGGAAGAGAGAGAAAAAGAAGUGGUUGCUUACUUCAGUGCCUUAGAGAAAGCUCGUGAAGUGAACCAAGAGUUGCAAGUUCAACUUGAUCAAGCUUUGCGUGAGGCUCAGGACCCAAACAGCAGAGGAAACUCUUUGUUUGCUGAGGUUGAAGAUCGUAGGGCUGAAAUGGAACGUCAGCUGAUUAGUAUGAAAGUCCAGUAUCAGUCUUUGCAAAAGCAGCACGCAUUCUCCAGGCAACAAAUGCACAGAAUGAAGGUUCAGAUAGCAACAUUGUUGCAGCUAAAAGGUUCUCAGACAGAUCCAGGACAACUAGAACGUUUACAGUCCAUGGUUGCACAGAAGAACAGUGAAAUCGAAACACUUGUCGUGAAAGUGCGGCAGCUAGAAAAAAAUCAGCAAAAUUUUGAAAAUGGGCCUUGUUCUAACACAAAUGGAAUGAUACAAGAGGAUGAAACGUAUUAUGUGGAGUUACUUAAGAUGAAGUUGGAAAAUUCCAGUAAAGAGCUUGAAAAGCUAAAAGAUGAGUUAUCGCUACAAAGGAUGAAAGCUUUAGCAGAGAGCCAGCGUGUCUUGGAAUUGGAACGGAAACUUUUUACAAAUGAACGACAUCUUAAGCUCUCACAGGGCGAAAAUAUGAAACUUCGUGUCAGCUUGGAUGAGAUCAAGAUGAAAUAUGAGCCUGACGAAAUUGCAAAAGUUCGAAUCCAAAAAAGGCGAAAAGAACAGCUUCCUCUUGACUGUACAGAUGAAAAUACCAAUGACGGCAGCAUCCCAAAUGUCAAACCAACUGAAGCACUUUCUCUCACAAUAAAAGAAGGAAUGUCUACUGCAAAAUUGGAAGAAGAAGCUGGUGCUUCAUCCGUGGACAAAAGUGCAUCUUUUGCGCCGCAAGAAGUGUCUUCUGUCUCAUCUAAAUUAGUGAGAGAUUCAUGUGAUCAUCCUGUAAAAGAACGAAAAAAAGUGAGAAUUGCAGAAGACCUUAAUGACGUACAAAAUAAAAGAAACACAAAUGACUAUUCCGUUACAUCUACUCCCCCCAGGUCUAAAGCUGAAGAUACAUCUGAACCAAUGAAAGUUGAAGAACAGAGAGAGAGGAGGAAGCAUGAAAGAAAAAUGCGUAUGAAAACUCAGCCUGUUCUACACGUAUCUUCAAAACCUUCUGAAUCAACACAGUGUGCACAACAGUAGCCUCAAUAUCUGUCAGGUUUUGUUUCUUAAAAAUACAUUGUUUUAUUUAUAGAUGCUAUACAUUUUGUACAACAUAUCUGAUCUGUAUUUUAAUUUGUAUCAUACUAAUGAGAUCACUAUUGCGCAACAAUUUACAAUGAAAAAUGCAUGGAGGUUUUGUUGUCACUACCUUACCUUUUAGUUUAUUUCACAUUGUUUCUGUAUUUUGCUGAUAUGAUUUGCAAUAGGACGUAGUUCAACUGUUUAUAUUAUAGCUACAAGGAUAAAUAUUAAUAGAGAACCAAAUAUUUUACAAUGAACACACAACAAAAGUGAACAAUGUUCAAAUAUUUUAGUGUCUGUUCCUUUGACCUGAAUUUUUCUUCAGGUAACAUCUCUACAUAUUAAACGUAAAGUGUGUAUAAUGGUAAUAAAAGCACUCUGGAUUAAAGUCCUUCAUAUUUUAUGCAGACUGUUUACAUUAUGUUACCAUCUUGUGUUUUCAUGUUUAAUAUAUAAAUUGUAUGUCUCUGUAUUGUCCUGGAAUUAAUGUUGUACAGUCUCACAACUCAAGCAACAGUCUUUAUUCUCUUUUGUCCACCUCUAGCCAUUUUUUGUGUUAUCUUCAAUCUUUUAUUAUCUAUAAAUGACAUAUACUUUAUAAUAAAUUGUGUGGUUAACAACAAA